AUGGGCGAGGGCCUCUUUCACGAGUGCGCGAUCGCGUUUGUGCCGAGCAGCUCGCUCACGCCCAAAUCAAUCAGCGAGCUCUCGGCCAUACUCGAAGAUAAUGGAGCGGAGAUCCUCGAGCCGCGCCGCAACGGCACCAUUGCCACAGACAAGGUCACGCACAUUGUCUCUAACACGAUUGACUUUCAACAGUACACCGAGACGCAGGCCAUCAUGAUUCCCGUAGUGACGACGCAUUGGAUUACGGCGUCGGUUAGCAAAAGGCGCGUCGCGCAGGUGCGCCCAUUCUCGCCUGACCCGCGCCUCAUAUUCUCCGAGGUGGUGGUGACAUGUGCGGACCUGCCCGUAACGGACAAGGAGAGCAUCUUGGGCGCCGUGAUGGCACUGGGCGGCCAGGAGAGCAAGGAUGCCACCAAGAUUACGACUCAUGUGUGCGCCUUGUCCAUGGACCAUCCAAAAGUGCAGGUUCCGCUCUCCAAGGGCUGGAAGGGCAAGGUUGUCUUGCCGCAUUGGUUCGACGACUGUUUCAAACUCGGUAAACGAGUCGAUGAGACCCCGUAUUUACUGCCCGACCCCGAGAUUCUGAAAAAGACGCGCGAGGACGCCCUCGAUAUCCCCGUCAACGACAAUCUAGACGGCGCCACAUCGGCAAAUCCGCAGUGGCUGCCGCUGCCUUCCGACGACGACGUGGCACGCCCUCCCUGCACAGUUUUCCAGCAGCGCAAGGUGCUUCUCGGUUCGGACCUCAACAUCACGCCGCGACUCACCAAAGCCGUCCGGGAUAUCAUCAUCAACGGCGGCGGCAGAAUGGUCGACACGGUCGACGCCUGCGACAUGUACAUUGGCCAGUAUCGCGACGGCGAGCAAUACGUGCGCGCCUGCCAGACCUGCAAAGAUGUCGGAAACCUGUCGUGGCUCUACUACCUCAUUGUGCAAAACGCCUGGACCUCGUCCCUGCGCCGCCUUCUGCAUUACCCGACGCCGCGCGACGGCAUUGAGGGCUUCCGCGGCCUCCGCAUCACCGUCUCCAACUACGGCGGCGAGGCGCGCAUCUAUCUAGAGAACUUGAUAAAGGCCUGUGGCGCCGAGUUUACCAAGACGAUGAAGCAAGACAACACGCACCUGGUCACGGCGCGCGACUCGAGCGAAAAGUGCCGCGUGGCGCCAGAAUGGGGCGUGGCCGUCGUCAACCACCUCUGGAUCGAGGAGAGCUAUGCCAAGUGCCAGCUCAAGCCGAUCAACGUGCCCAAGUACAAUCAUUUCCCGCACCGCACCAACCUGGGCGAGAUUAUUGGUCAGACGUUUCUGGAUGAGGGCAAGCUGCGGGAGCUGUAUUACCCGGGCGGUGGCGGCAAGGGGAAGGAGCUGACGGGCAGCGCCAAGAGGAAGCGCAAGAUUCUCCAGGCGGCUGAGGACAAUGCGUACCACAAUGGGCCGGCGGACGGCGUGGUCGUGGCGCAGACGGCGCGGGACGUGGACGAGGAUGUGCUGAUGAACGAUGACGCGGAGAAUUCGCCGCCAAAAAAGUCGACUCCCGCGCCGAGAAAGACGGCUCCCGCGCCGCCAGUCGAAACACCGGUUCGGGCGCGUCACGCUCGCGCCGGAAAGGAGAAUGAUACGCCGUCAGUCGUGUCGACCGGUGGCCGCAGCGCAAAAGCCAAGGCCAGGGACAUGCUGCAGAGCAUUGCGCCUGAUAUUGCGCUGUACGAAAAGGAAAAGAAGCGUUCGACCAAGGCGACUACGCCUUUUGGCGGCAAGCGGGCGGCUAAUCUCGUCGAGAAGCAGAGACUGGCUGAAGAAGAAGCUAAAGAGCGCAAGGCAAAGGGCAAGGACAAGACAGAGGAUGAUGAUGAGGUGGCCAAGCGACCGAGCAAAAAGGCGAGGCCGUCGUUGCCCGAUGUGGAGAUGCGCGUGAUUCUCACUGGAUAUACGAGAUGGGUAGAGGACAAGCACAAAGAGGACGUCGAUAGACGAAAACUGCGCGACAUGGGUAUCCAAAUAGUGCAAGAAGGGCAAGCGUGCGACUACCUCAUCGCUCCGCAUAUCGUGCGGACGGUCAAGUUUCUGUGCGCCCUGGCGCGGGGCCCCGAGGUCAUCUCCUCUUCGUUUAUCGAUGCCGCGCUGGAGACGGGUCAGCUGCCCGACGUGAGCGAGCAUGCGCUCGAGGAUAAAGACGCGGAGAGUAGGUACAACUUCACGCUGGACAAAUCUGUCGGCCGGGCCAAGGCACACCGGGGUCGACUGUUGCAAGGCGUGGCCGUAUACUGCACCGAGGCCAUCAAGAAUGGGCCGAGAAGCUACCAAGUGAUUGCCGAGGCCAAUGGGGCGAUCUUCAAGAUUUACCGGGCGCGUAGCGGCACCACCAUCAAGCCAACGACGGCGGAGCAGGAUGGUGGGGCGCCGCCGGAACCGGUGUAUCUGCUGAGCGGCGCGAGCGCAGAGGAGAGGAGCCUGUGGCCGCGGUUCAGGGAGAUGGCGAUUAAAGGCCACAUGGAGCCGCGGAUCGUGGCGCCGGAUUGGCUGCUGGACGUGGCGAUGGCGCAGCAGGUCCGAUAUGAUAAAAAGUUUGCGGUGGAAAACUUUGCGCAGAAGGAGUGA